AUGGGUUCUAAAUCUAUUAGAAACAAAUCAAGACAACGUUUAACAUUGUGUCCACGGUUUUUCAAUCUGAAAGAUGAAUUAAGUAAUAUUCUUCAGAACGAUAAUGAUAUUAAGAAAAAGUUAGCUGCAAUCUUAACGACGAAUAUUGAAUCUAAAGAAGUUGAUUUAAAUGCUAACUUAAACAAAAUAGUUGAAUUAUUAGAACCAGUUUUGCUUGAUCGACUCAAUGAACGUUUAAACCAUCUAGGAAAUCUGAUUGCUAAAAUUGAAGAGCAUGUUGAUGACUCAGAAAGAUAUAGCAGAUCUUUCAACAUCCGAUUGUUAAAUGUACCGUAUUCUGAUGAAGAAGAUCCGAUUGGUAUUACUACAGAUAUUGCAUUUUAUCAUGCAUAUACACGUGAUGUGUACGUUUUUUUCAUCUAUAUAAACGUGAUAUAUGGAAAAACA